AUGUCCGGAAAAGAGAAUGAAGGAUCUGUUGCCACACAGAAUAUGGGAAGCCAUGAACACCACAAGAAUGAAGGAAAGCGUAGGGAUGAAUCCCAAGGCUGGGCUCUCGACGAUUUUGACAUUGGACGCCCACUUGGAAAAGGAAAAUUCGGAAACGUUUUUAUUUCAAGAGAAAAGAAAACGAAGCGAAUUAUUGCAUUAAAAGUUCUUUUCAAAAAUCAGCUUGUACAACUUGGAGUAAGUCAUCAGUUAAAGAGGGAAAUCGAAAUUCAGUACCAUCUGCGACAUCCAAACAUCCUUACUCUUUUUGGAUAUUUCCACGAUGAUAAACGGGUCUUCGUGAUGCUUGAUUAUGCUAGUCGCGGCGAGCUUUUCAAUUUGCUUCAAGGACAACCAGGACAUAAAAUAUCCGAACCUCUGGCUGCUAGAUUUGUUCGCCAACUUUCGAAGGCGCUCAUGUAUUGCCACGCAAAAGGAGUAAUUCAUAGAGAUAUUAAACCGGAAAAUCUAUUGCUUGAUGGAAAACUCAAUUUGAAGCUUGCUGAUUUCGGAUGGAGCGUUGUCGCCGAUCAUUCAAAGCGACACACAUUGUGUGGCACCAUGGAUUACUUGGCUCCUGAAAUGGUGUCGAACAUGCCGCAUGAUUUUGCCGUUGAUAUUUGGGCGGUCGGUAUUCUAUUGUUCGAAAUGUUGGUUGGACAUGCUCCUUUUGCAAAUCAAUCUGGUGAAAACUUAGUGGCACGCAUAAAGGAAUGUAAAAUCUAUAUUCCAUCGUCGGUUAGUGAAGACGCUUCAAAAUUGAUUAAAGCGAUUAUUAAAAAGGUUCCACAAGAAAGAAUUCCGUUAGCUGAUAUUGUUGCACAUGAUUGGAUAAAAAAUAUGGAACAACUCGAAGAAGCUGAAGUGAAUGCGUUCCUCUCGUCGACAAAAUCGAAGACUUCAAAGCCAUCGAAUUAA